GAGCCUUUCUUCGACUUGGGUCCGACCUGAUGCAUGCGGUGUAGAGUGACACGGGUCCGGACUGGCUUCGCCAUGGUUUCCAUCACCGCCGCAGUGCUGCUGGUGUUAUUUCCUUUGAAGAGUCUAGCGCUUCAUGCCAGGAAUGAGGUCAAACAUGCAGGUCAAGCAGGAAUUCCCUGGGACUUGCAGAACAAGUUGCCUCCCUGGAUGACCUCCAUUACCGAAGGCUCCCACCAAGCGGUUGCCGUGCUGCUGGGGCAGUCGCUGAAGCCGGAUGGCUCGGCUCCACAGGUUCUGCUGGAUCGGGCUCAUAUGGCGAAGAAGCUCCUGGAUGAAGGUACCGUGGUCAAGGUGAUCGUCUCCGGUGCGGAUCCCGCCGGUGUGGGCCACACCGAAGCCUCGUUGACGGCCCACGUCCUGACGCAGGUGGGGGUGCCCUUGGACGCCAUCCUACAGGAGUCGCAGGCCACGACCACGGCGGAGAACGCGUGGUUCAUGUUGCGGUGGAUCCCGAAGAACACCGGCCGAGUGGUGAUCAUCACCUCGGACUUCCACAUGGCGCGGGCCACCUACAUCUUCCAGGAGGUCUUUGCUCACUUCUAUCAGACGAUGGAAGACACCUACAGAGACGAUCCACGAUGGAAGAGUGCCUCGAAGAGGUAUCCCAGAUUGGAAUUGGUGCAAGCUCCCACGGCGAGUUUCUGUGGCAGCGAUGCGAGUUUGAACAGGGACAACGACCCCAAAGCCGACAUCAAUUCCUAUUCCUUGGCCAAGCGCGCCCGGGACGAGCUGCGCUUCUUAGCCUCGGGCGAGGUGACCAACUCCCUCUACGGAGAGCCCUUGAGCCACAUCCUGUACGUGUGGCCCAUUCAGAUCAACGUGACCCAAGAUCCGAACAACAACCAGACCUAUCACACGGCCCUGGCGCAAUCCAUGACCGUUGCAGAGGCCUUGUGCCAAUGCGUCUCGCCCCCCAGCAGGGACGGCGCGGCGGCCGUGCCGUAUCCCUUGAGCUUUCCCAUCGCCGAGUCCUCGCGGAAGCCGUCCGAGUGGCACGAGAUCUGCCCGGAGGUGCGGACGGUGAUGGCGUAGAGGUCGAGGCCGGGACGACCGCCCAUGGACCGGCCUUUGCCUCUGCCUGGAUCCGGGUCGGUGGAAGUGGAAUUCCGUUUUGGGCCACUGGCAGUGGGAGUCUUUUGAUUUGGGGCCAUUUGGGGCUUCGAAGUGGCCAUGACGGAAGAUGGGGGGAUUGUUUGGCAGAUGGACGAAAAGUGGACCAAGAGAGAGUAUUUGAUGUUGUCCGAUUUGUCGGGAAAUGUUGAUCUGAGUCCACAGUGUGAGUCUUCAACUUGGUGCGCCGCAGACAUGGGGCUGCACGCGCCAUUUUUUGCGGAA